AUGGGUCUCGGUACUAAAGCAGUCGAACAGGCUAUCAUUACCUUAGUCGGUGGCGUCACAGGCUACGCAAGAACGCGCUCCGUACCUUCCCUUGUUGCUGGAACUUGCGUGGGUGGCUUGUAUCUUGCGUCUUGGAAUCAAAUCCGAACUGGUGGCCCUAAUGGCUAUGAGGGAGCUCUUGCUGCUUCUGUUCUCCUCCUUGCUUCUUCACUUCCCCGCGUAAGGAAGGGUCCAGUCCCAUUGGUACUCUCAAUCACAUCAUCCUUGUCGACGGCGUACUACGGGAAGACUGUGUACGACUUCCGAUCGUAGUGAGACGGACCCCUUGUCGCGUGCCAUUAUGUGCGCUUUAGAAAGUCCGAGGACAUUGUUUUCGAUAAAAUGUUGUUCAAUGGAGUUUUCUUGUGUGUAAAAAACUAUCGGCGUGACACAGGUAACAAUCCCACCAUAAACCAUCUUUCCAGCGUGCCCAUACAGAGGGCAAUGAAAUGAUUGAAAAUUCCGAUGUUUAUCCAGAAGCGCGAAAUCAAUCGCAGAACAGGUCGUUCAUACUAUAA